AUGACUGGCAAGUGGCUGGAAUGGUGCAUCUUGUGCUGCGCGACCUUCCUCGUCGUCAUUUACACGUGGCCUCCGUCUACGAACGAAUCCUUCAAAAUGCCAAAAGCUGAAGGCAAUGUGCGGAACAGUAGCAUUUCCCAUAACUUGUCGGAUGAUGCUAAACAGUCUCCACUGUGGUCGGACAAGAACGUCAGCCAAGAGGUGAACCAAACAUCAGAAAAUGACGAUCAGUCAUUCCAGCAACUGGCAGAAAUCUCGGCACGAAAUUCGUCGUCCGCCAACCGUGACUCAGAGCAUCCAGAGAUCCGGCACACAAAAACUGCCUCACAAAAGUCAGUUCAGAAACCGGUCACUUGGCUGCAGCUGGUGAGGGCGGAAAUGCUUGCAAGACCUGCUGACCUGAUCAGGGAACAUCCCACUUUCUACUUCGGCGUGGGCCAAGAACCCUUUCUGCGCGCCAGUUGCCCAGUGAGCAGCUGCUACAUCACCACUAACCGCACUGAGGUUCCCUACCAGCAGCUCGAUGCGCUCGUCUGGAUAUCCAUCGAGAACGAUAAGAGCUUCCCUCCAGUCAGGUCACCGCACACUCGAUACAUCUACUAUGAGUGGGAGCCUCCACUCGUGGCUGGAUUGGGCAAAAAACAACUAGAUUCAUUGAAGUACGUCUUCAAUUAUACCAUGACUUAUCGGAGAGACUCUGACAUCUUCAAUCCGUACGGAACGUUUCGCGCUCUUGCGACACCUCGAGCGCACCUCCGGACUAAAGACUACGCGCGCGGGAAAAGCAAACAGGCGGUGUGGUUUGUUUCGAACUGCGGAGCCAGAAGCGGUAGAGACAU